CUACAGCCUUUUGUGGUGAUAAUUGAUUUGUCCAUAACCACUACUCUCUUCUCGUGCAGACUUGACAUCUUCCCAAAUCCGCACAGACAAAUCUCACACAAUGUCUACCGCCGAGCUCGCUUCUUCCUACGCGGCCCUGAUCCUCGCCGACGAUGGCGUUGAGAUCACCGCCGACAAGCUUCAGACCCUGAUCACCGCCGCCAAGGUCGAGGUUGAGCCCAUCUGGACCUCCAUCUUCGCCAAGGCUCUGGAGGGCAAGGACAUCAAGGACCUCCUGGUCAACGUCGGCUCUGGUGGCGGUGCUGCUGCCGCUCCUGGUGCUGCCGCUGCCGCUGGCGGUGCCGCCGCUGAGGCCGCUCCCGAGGAGGAGAAGGUUGAGGAGAAGGAGGAGUCCGACGAGGAUAUGGGUUUCGGUCUUUUCGACUAAACAGCCAACAUCAUCUGUUGCGGCGACUGUUUUCUCUAUUGCUUCUUUGUACUUCAACUGCAGGGCACUUCGGAGUCUUUAUACACAUCGAUGGAUGCAUUCAGGAUGGAGUGGGCGCCUAUAUCCCGCGUCCUGGGCAGAGUAGCUUUUUUCAUAAGGAUAAUAUGAUUAAUGCUCUCACACGACGGAGUUCACGCACGGAAGGGACAAAUGGUCAACUGAAUGACUCGGGAAGAAUAAAAAGAAAUUUUUUUGAUCACAUUUUUUGGAAUUUUCUUGGUGACUUUUGAACUUGAUGGGAUUGGAAAAGAACAUUUGAGAUUGAUGCUCGUGGACGCUAUGUUCAUCUAGUGGUUAAAGCUCUUGAAUGUGCAACCCUUGGUUCGACAAAAGCGAAAAGGGUGCUCCCGCAGCCAGCCUGCGUUCAGUGCCUCCUCGUAUUCCCUCCCUGCCAGCAGAUCCAUCCUCAACGGCAUUCCAAAGCAGUCUAUUUUACAAUAACCACAGAUGAAGGGACAAAUCCAGCCUCCUUUAGCGUCUUGGACAUGUCCAAAUCGCCCUGGAACGUCUUUCGGGGGAACGUAGUCGUAAAUGUCGUCACCGGCUGUCCAGUCUCGCUCUGUAUCUGUUGCGCAAGCUCAAACAGCGUCGUCUCUGCGGGUAGCGUCUUCAUGAUAUUGCCCGAGUCAGUCUGCAGCUUUAGCUUCGCCUCUGUGUGAUCUGCCUUUGGUCGGGGGGCUGCAGCGGCAGCGGCCGGCGCAGCAGCAGAAGAGGAAGAUGCGGCUUCGGGAGCUCUGCCUUCGCGGGCAGCUUUGGCCUCUUCGGCCUUGCGGCGACGCUCGGCCCUAUCUUCUUCGAUCUUGGCCUUGAUUCGUUUCUUGGCCUCGGCUUCCUCAAGCUUCUCCUUGCGCUUUUGCAUGGCCUCCUUGAUUUGCUCUUUUCGUGCAAGUUCCUCCUUUGCCUCCUGGGUUUCCUUUGUGGAUUUUUGUCGGAUUUUCUUUGCGCUUUGCAUCUUCCUUGUCCUUGUCUGCCUGAGCGGCCUUCUUCGCCUGGAGUCGCUCUCUCAGCUCUUCGAGCUUUGCCUUCUUCUCAUCUUCUGUCAGGGGUGCAAUCUCCUCAGUAGACUCGGAGAAAUCUGUAUGCUCA